AAUUGGUGGUUGUUGUAUGAAUGUGAAGGAUCUUCUGUGGUUUCUCGAAGGUGUGGUAACAGCUGUUAUUUUGACAUCUAAAUUCCCACUGAACCAAUCAGAGGUUCCUCUGAAAUGUUUGUUUAGUGAUAAGGAAUACAGUGAGCAUGAAGCCCCACCCACUUGUAUGGAGAACACAUCUUAUCAUAGUUACCCAUUUAUGCCUAUAAGGAAAAAUGAACUAUAGAAUAUGAAAUAUAGAAUUUUUGAAUACAGAAUUAGUCAAUUUGGCUGUUUUUGAAAGCAUUUUUUGCACAAAAAUGAUAGUGUGAAAAGCUAUAAGUAGGCUACUUUAUAGUGUUCACCUUUUUUUUUCACACAAUGUAUAGCAUACAGGCAUAAGUUUGGUUGUUUUGUAUCAGCCAUUAAUUUUUCACAUUUUUUGAUGGAAUCAUUUUUUGUCCAAUUAAUUUAAUAAAUAAUUGACAGAUUAAACAAAAUUGCAAUAUUGCAAUUAGUUGCAACUUGCAGGCCUCUUUUGGAGAAUAUGCCAUUCACUCUCUUUAUAUCGGCCAACUGAUGCCAUCAUAAACAUGGCAUCAUACAUUACAUCAUGGUUGUUACCGGUUCUCAUAUCUUGGUCAGUGUGGUCUGCUAGCUGGUUUAUUUGGGUUUUGGGGACUUAUUAGCAUCUUAAAUCAGCUGGCCUUAUAUAUGACAUUAUGAUAUCAUCAUAAAGCUGCACUGUAACAUCAAAAACCGCUUAAUCCUGCCUAAGAUUGUUUGUUGGUCUUAGCUGCUUCUCCCAGCCUAGUCAGGGUUGUCUGUUGGCUGGUUUUGUAUGGGUUUUGAGGAUCUAAGAUCAGCUGAAACGCAGUUUAAACCGGCUUUUUUCUUCCAGGAUGGCAUCACUGCCUGAUCUCCCAACUUGGGCCAUCUAGGCGAGCAUCAUCAUAUGUGACGACUGACGUCUGUCCACUCAGCUUGUUCAGAUACACUGGCACAGAUCCUAGCAGACUUGCGUAUUGGUUAUGUUCUGUCAAAAUUUGCUCCAGACAGUGAGUCUGUCCAUUUAAAUAUAAGGAUUUCAUCUAUUAAUUGGGUUAGUAACACAUCAGGAUGUUAAUUCCACUGAGAUGAGAAGUGAUGGUAUGUUUGGCGACAUACAAACAGCACUUUCUGAGACUGUGUGUGUGCGCACGCAAAGCUUUGAGCAGGUGGCUGCCGUGCUGUUGUCUCAUUGUGUUUGGUGUGUCAGUGGAUGCUACCAAUCUGAGCCGCGAGACACCAGUUCUGUUUCCUUUGUGAGCGGAAGAGAGAGAGAGAGAGAGAGAGAAGGAGGCUAAGGAGCGAGUGAAGAAGGAGUGGAGAGUGAGAGAGAGAGGCAGAUGGAAGCAACGCAAACGCCCACCAGCCUGAUUUCUCUUCCACCUCCUCUCGCAAACACAGCUUUGUGUGUAAUGAUUAACCGAUCGGAGAAAGGCGAGAAGAUACCACCUCAGCCCUCAUAGGAAGUGACACACGCACAGCAACAUUAUAUAAACACACAGUGUCUUCGUUCAGUGAACAGUGAACAUGACCGGACCGAAAGGAGGAUACUACAAAGCAGAAUUGGGGGAGCCACACAAAUUUGACCCCACAUUCAGAGGACCUGUUCACAACAGGGGCUGCACAGACGUGCUUUGCUGUGUGAUCUUUGUCAUCGUCAUCCUCAGUUACAUCGUUCUGGGAACAGUGGCUUGGAUGCAUGGGGAUCCCCGGAAAGUGGUCUACCCAACAGACAGCUAUGGGCAGUUCUGUGGACAGCAGGGUACUCCUAAUGCAAAUAAAGCCAUAUUAUUUUACUUCAAUAUUUUACAAUGUGCCAAUCCUACAGUCCUCAUUAACCUCCAGUGCCCUACAACUCAGCUGUGUGUAUCCAAGUGCCCAGACAGAUUUGCCACAUACAUCGACAUGCAAUACAACUAUAGACGCAAUAAGAGCUACUGGGAUUACUACAAGCAAUUCUGCAAGCCGGGUUUCAACAAUCCUGAUAAGGUACCAUCGGUUUCUCAGGUGCUUCGGGAUGAAGACUGUCCCUCAAUGAUUGUGCCAAGCAGACCAUUUCUCCAGAGGUGCUUUCCCGAUUUCAUCACCAGAAACGGGACAUUAACUGUUGCCAACAAAACAAGCUUCAAGGAUGGACACGGUAAAAUCAGAAGUGUCGUCGAUUUGAGAGAUGCAGCAAAUGGCAUCACCAGCCUGUUGGAUGCAAAGGAGGUGGGCGUCAAAAUCUUUGAGGAUUACGCCAGCUCAUGGUUUUGGAUCCUAAUUGGUCUGGUGAUAAGUAUGCUGGUCAGUCUGGUCUUCAUUCUGCUGCUGAGGUUCACUGCCGGCGUUCUCUUCUGGAUGGUGAUCUUUGGGGUCAUAGCGGCUGUGGGCUAUGGAAUAUGGCAUUGUUACUGGGAGUACAGUUCACUCAAGGGGAAGCCGGACUCUGACGUCACCAUCUCAGACAUUGGGUUCCAGACUGACUUUCGGGUUUACUUGCAGCUGAGUCAGACCUGGCUCAUAUUCAUGAUCUCCUUGGCUGUCAUUGAAGUUAUUAUCAUCUUAGUACUGAUAUUCCUGCGGAACAGAGUUCGUAUUGCCAUUGCUCUUCUAAAGGAGGGCAGCAAGGCGAUUGGCUGCAUCAUGUCAACACUGUUCUAUCCCAUCAUCACCUUCCUGCUUCUGGCUCUUUGUAUUGCAUACUGGGCUGUUACAGCUGUCUUCCUGGCGUCAUCUGGAGACGCAGUAUAUAAAGUAAUGUCAACGCUACCUGACUGCAAGUAUACUAACCUCACCUGUAAACCAGAGACCUUCAGUCAAUCCAACGUGACUAAACUGUGCCCAGGCUCCCAGUGCACAUUUGCUUUUUACGGCGGGGAGAGUUUGUACCACCGUUACAUCUUUGUUCUUCAGCUCUGCAAUUUGCUGGUCUUCCUCUGGCUGGUGAAUUUCACCAUCGCUCUGGGUCAGUGCACCCUCGCCGGAGCGUUCGCCUCUUAUUACUGGGCCUUGAGGAAGCCAGCAGACAUCCCACCUUGCCCCUUGGCUUCAUCAUUUGGCAGGGCUUUAAGGUAUCACACAGGCUCUCUUGCGUUUGGAGCUUUGAUUCUGUCCAUUGUACAGUUCAUCCGGAUUAUUCUGGAGUACCUCGACCACAAACUGAAAGGUGCUCACAAUGCUUUUUCACGCUUCCUGCUGUGCUGCCUAAAAUGCUGUUUCUGGUGCCUAGAGCACUUCAUCAAGUUCAUGAACAGGAAUGCUUACAUUAUGAUUUCAAUAUAUGGGAAGAAUUUCUGUGCCUCAGCGCGAGAUGCUUUCUUCCUGUUAAUGAGGAACGUUAUGAGAGUUGCUGUUCUGGACAAGGUGACUGACUUCCUGCUGUUCUUGGGCAAACUGCUGAUCUCAGGGAGUGUAGGUGUCCUUGCUUUCUUUUUCUUCACCCGCCAAAUACCAGUAAUCCAGGAAGAGGUGCCGUCAUUAAAUUAUUAUUGGGUCCCUCUGCUGACUGUGAUAUUUGGAUCAUAUAUGAUUGCACACGGGUUCUUUAACGUCUAUGCCAUGUGUGUAGAUACAUUGUUCCUCUGCUUCUUGCUUGAUCUGGAGAAGAACAACGGCUCGGCGACCCGUCCGUAUUACAUGGGCAGCAGCCUGCGUGCCAUCCUCAACAAGAAGAACAAGAGACCAGAGGAGAAAAAGAAAUGUAGAAAACAGAAGAAGGAGCAACCAAACAAAAGGCACUGACAUGUAAAACAGAUUCUGGUUAUUAUGGUAAAUCUCAUUAGAAGCCCAAAAAUAUAAAUACAAGAAUCUUUGAACUGAUUUGCAUCUUUUUGUUUAUUAUGCAAGUAAAUAUAAUUGACAGUAGUAUUUUUUUGUAAAUUUUAGUCUUUUUUUUUUUUUUUU